AUGGCAGCCGCUCCAGCCUCAGCUCCACUUCCUUUCUCCGUCGACGGCAAGACCGCAAUCGUGACUGGUGCUGGUUCUGGCAUCAACCUCGAAUUCGCGCGCCUCCUGCUCUCGCGCAACUGCAACGUCGUCUUCGCCGACCUCGCGCUGCGGCCGGAGGCGCAGGCGCUCGUCGACGAGCACUCGUCGGCCGACCCGCCCGCCGCCGCGCGCGCCCUCUUCGUCAAGACGGACGUGACGGCGUGGCCGGAGCUGCGCCAGCUCUUCGCCGCCACGCUCGCGGCCUUUGGCGACUUCGACGUCCUCUGCCCCGGCGCGGGCGUCUACGAGCCGCUCUGGUCCAACUUCUGGCACCCGCCCGGCUGCUCGCCCGCGUCGCGCGACGACGCCGACGCCGGCCGCUACAAGCUGCUCGACAUCAACGUCACGCACCCCAUCCGCGCCACGCAGCUGGCCCUGAGCCUGUGGCUGCAUCCGCCUCCGCCGCCGUCUCCCUCGGCGUCCGACGACGACGCCAACGGCUCCGCGGCGGAUCUGCAGAAGACGCCGGUCAAAGCCAGCCCGCUCAACCCCAAGCGCGUCGUGCACAUCAGCAGCGUCGCGGGGCAGGUGCCCAACUUCAACGCGCCCCUCUACGCCGCCAGCAAGUUCGCCGUCUCGGGCUUCGUCCGCAGCAUGGCGCCGCUCGAGCCCACGGCCGGCGUCCGCGUCAACGCCGUCGCCCCGGGCCUCAUCAAGACGCCGCUGUGGACCGAGCACCCGGAGAAGCUGGCCUUCGUCGACGACGCCCGCGACGGCUGGGCGACGCCAGAGGAGGUGGCGCACGCCAUGCUCAAGUGCGUCGAGGACCCGGCGCUGGUGGGCGGGUCGGUCUUGGAGGUCGGCAAGGAGAAUACGAGGGUCGUGGGCGUGUUUGAUGAUCCGGGGCCGGAUAGGGAUCCGAGGAAGGGGCUGUGUGCGAGUAAUAGCGCGAAUGGGACAAAGGAGAUUUGGGGCUGGUUGGCGGAUGAGGCGGUUUGGGGGUGGAAGGAGAAGCUGUAG